AUGGUUCUUCUUCUCACUUUUAUAUGCGCCAAGGUGUCGCGGCGUAUCAUGGGUUCUAAGAUCUUCGAUUCUGUCAAAAUCCGCAAUCAGCAGUUCAAAAAAGAAGCCAAAAUAUUUGUAUUUGAAAUUGGUGCAAGAAGAAAGAACAAACAACGGUUGGCGAUAAAUCGUGGAUGUGGAGCGGAGGACAGUGAUAAUCAAGCUUCUUCACGCCGAUAA